AUGCGAUCCACUCUGCAUCGGUACCGUUCAUGCCUUUCGGGGUUAGGAUUAAUGCACAACCGGUACUAUGCCUCCGGCAGUAGACGCAGUGUGCUUCGACAGGAUGUGUCCCGUUUGCCGGUGCACCAGUUUCCAGUAGCUAAAGCAAAUGACACGCGUGUUUAUGUGUGGGGUUUAGCCGCAACGGGAGCACUCGGUAUGCAGACAUCCGUGAAGAAACAAGCACAAGUAUUCACCGAUUUCGUGCAGCAUCCAAGCAGGUUAAGCUUCGCCGAAGGACACACGGUGUCGGAUGUUGCAUCCGGGUACGGAUUUACUGUGUACGUGGUCAAUACGAAGAAAGAGACGCAACUAUGGGGUACCGGUAUAAAUACCGAUGGACAGUUGGGAUUUCAAAAAGCUCCCGGACCACACAAGAAACCGCUGGAGUUACUCAUCCAUCCGGCACCGAUUGAUUUAAGCACAGCGAAGUUACGACAAGAUCAGCGGAUAGUACGGGUGGCUGCAGGUAGAGCACACGUGCUGGCUCUCACCGAUGGUGGUACAGUUCUUGCCUUUGGGAAUAAUGCUUACGGACAGUGCGGUCGAACAAUCGUUCCCAAUGAGGAUUACUUUCGCAAUCCUGUGGUUACCACUCUUCAACUCGAAGAACCGGUGCGAGCAAUCGAAUGUGGACAGGACCACAGUUUAAUGCUCACUGAAUCGGGUCGUGUCUUUUCUUGCGGUUGGAGCGAUGAUGGACAGGCCGGGCUGGGUCGGUAUGGAUUGAUCGAUAAUCCCGGUCUCGCAGAAGGAGAUGUGAAAGGGGAACAGAUUGUAAAGGUUUCCAGCAGCUGUGAUACAGUAUUGGCCAUCAAUGAGAAGGGUGAUUUAUUUGGAUGGGGUAAUUCGGAAUAUGGCCAGCUCGGGAAUGUAGCACAGGACAAUCCACAAAUCAAUACUCCACGGCAGCUCUCCUUCUCCAGAGAAUGUGGCAAAAUUGUCGACAUUGCUGCUGGCGGUUCAUAUUGCCUUGUUUUAAAUGAACACGGCGAUGUAUUUUCAUGGGGGUACGGUAUCCUUGGCUUCGGCCCGGAAGUGCAGCAUCGGCCAACUCCUACCCGAAUUCCGCCAGCACUGUUUGGCAGGAACGAAUUCAGCCCAAAUGCAAAGGUGGUUUCGAUCGCAUCAGGCAUUACCCAUUGUGCGGCAGUCAAUGAUCAGCACGAUCUGUAUAUGUGGGGCCACAACCGGUACGCCUGCCUGGGUCUAGGUCAUAAAAACGAUCAGUUCUUCCCACUGAAGGUAGCACUUAAUGCGCGUGUCCAGAAAGUGACUUGCGGCGUAGAUCAUACCGUAACGCUUUGCAAGGCGUUCGUUUGAACAAAAAAUGUUUCGAUAUCUCUGUAAAUAUAUAUAUAUAUGAUACGUGUAAA